AUGAGUCUUGUGCACGUGCAGGAAGAAAGAUUACCGGAAGAUGACGAAGAGACGAACCAGCUCAUCGAAGCGAUCGCUCAAAGAAUCGUGGGCAUUCGCACAAAAGCGGAGGACUACAGCGCGCAGCUGCAAGCCCAAGUCGCGGAAAUCGAAAACUCGAAGCUGGGCAUUCUGGAAGAGCAGCCUGUCAGAGUCAACGGCGUGGUCACGGUCGGCUACGAGCCAGAGAGCUCCACUCCGGAAGUUCCUUUGCUCGAAGCGAGAGAAGGGCAGGAAAUAGAAAUUUUGGUCCGUGAGAUGGGAGGCUGGGCGUACUGUCGGCGCAUUGGCGACAAGACGCCGGGCUGGUUGCCAGCGGAUCGAAUAGCGGAGUUGGCUCAGCUGAUCGCAGAUCAUGAAGUUGGUGAUGCAGAAGGUCUGUUGAACCUCAAGCUUGGCGAUGUAGUGGAGGUCGUCAGUCGGCAUUACAGUGGCUGGGCACAGUGCCGUUUGUGGACUGGCCCGCAGCUUCCUGGAUCAGCCAACGACAGGCAGAUUGGUUGGGUAACCGAUGCCUAUCUGCAAGACAACCGCUCGGAAGCAAUGCUUGCGUCCAAAUGGCAUCGGCUCGUUCUGCAAGCGUUGGAGGAGGUGGUGGCGUACGCAGUGCAGCUAGAGACAUACCUUGCACAGGCCAAGCCAGAGGAUCGCACUGCUGAUCCCGAGUGGAUGGAGAAGUGCAUGCAGUUCUGUUUGUAUCUCGGAACCGAGUUGCAGCAGAUUACUGAUGCCUUGUCGCAGCACGGUCUCUCACAAAGCGCAGCGGGCAAGUAUGCCACUGCUAGCUGUGAGGUCGUUGGAAACAGUGAGCACGAGCUCAGCGUGGCUCAGGGCACACGUGUCCUCGUCAUAGAUGCAGACAAUGCGGACUGGAUCUGGUGCAGAGCCGAGGAUGGGUUUUCUGAAGGUUGGGUGCCACGAUCUUUCUUAGAAAUGGAGCCUGGUAGCCCGACGGACGCCAUCUCCAAGGACUUGCCGGACUGGAUCAAAGUCAAUGAACGUGCAAGGUGGUGGUCCAACUCGCAGAAGCAGUUCUGCGAUGUCACGAUCACUGUAGUGGACGUGUCGGCCAGGCAAGUCACGGUCACCUUCGUGCAGGAUGCCAGCUGUUGGAAGAUGGUCUCAUUCGAGCAUUUCCUCCAAAAGCAGGAGGACUGGCUGCUCCAGCCAUUCCAACAGAAGGCAAAGGAGCUGAUUCAGCAGCUGCCCGAUUGGGUGAAGCCUGGCAACCAGGGCUACUGGUGGUCGUCGAGCCAACACAGAGUCUUGCCGGUUCAGAUCAAAGACGUCUGCUCCAGGACACGCCAGGUGAAAGUGGUUUUCAAUUGCAACAAAACGGUGAAAAAGCUUGUGCAAUUCCAUGAGCUGAUUGAUUCUCCAAAGGAAUGCCUCCUCCAGAAGGAGAGGGCAGGACAUACCUGGAGGAAGCCCCGACGAAAGUCGAGAGACUCCAAAGGCUCCAAAGAGUCGGCUGAGGCCGGAAGCCAAACUGAAGUUCCUGAAGAUCUCAGUGGCACCAAAGGAUUGGGCGACAUCAUGGCGGAGAUGACACAGGACAUUGGGGACAUGAUGGCCGAAGGAGAAGCUGAGGAUGGUGGCCUCCGGAAGGCAUUGACUUUCAUGGGCAGCUCUGAAUUCUUACAGGUUGACAUCAGCUCCAGAGAUGAUUCAGCUGAUCGGGUGCCUGCCUUCGGUUAUGGUGAUGACGAGCUUGCAGCAACAACCGGAUCUGCUGAGGAUUCUGGCGCGAAAAGUGAAGCCCACGCAAAGGAAGCGACCGGCGAACUGGUGCAGGCUGGCACCGAAGUCGGCGACGCGAUUACUCAGGAGGAGACGGAGCAGUCGACGCCGCAGGCAGAGCUUCAGGGGGCGGAGGGAAGCGCCGCCAAAGGCAAGUCUGCAAUGUUGAUGGGGUUCUCUCAAUCCGAAGAAAACAUGAUGGAGAUCCUGGAGGCCACGGUCGAAGAGUCCAAAGGUGUCACACAGGAACUCCCGGCUCAAGAAGCCGGGGCUUCAGCUUUGUACGACACCUUGGACAAGGAGCUGCUUGCCGAAUUGGCACCACCCUCUUCCGACGAACCUUCUGCAGCAGAAGGUGCUGAUGCAGAGGAUGCCCGCAGAGCGGCGGCUGUCGCUGAAUCUAGCUUGACGCUGGAUGCAGAGGCUUUACUGCGGAGUCAGGGACUGGCGACGGACGACCAGGUUCCAAGCCCUCUUGCGACAGGUCUCGAUGUCGAUCCCAGCCCAUCUCAAGGUUCUGGAGAUGCCCAGCAGGCUCCAGCGGAGGCAGCAUUUGCUUCUGAAUCGCCGGCACCCGCACCGAGUUCUGACGAGGCUUCUGCAAACGCGGAGCCGACGGCAACACAGCAGGAGCCGGCUUCGCCGAGUGCAGUCUUCCCGGCGCCUGCGGCUGAAGCUGCAGGUGUUGCUUCCGAUGCUGCAGUUGCUGAUGCGACGGAUGCACUCGGGCCUAGCGCAGGAGAGUCCGUGGAGCCUCUUCCCGCGGUGAGCAUCCACACUUCUUCGGAGCCCUCGGGUGUUCAAAAUGUGGUGGACUUGCCGUCGGACCAGGCUACAGGCGAUCCAACUGAAGCCCCGGCGGUCGAAGCCGUGACGGGUGAAGUGCCGGCUCUGCCACCACAUGCGGAUCCUGUCCAGGGCGAGGCAGCCGUAGAUCCGCCCAGUGCGGAAGGGGCUGCCGCAAGUCCUGAGCCGCAAGGUGUAGCAACGCCCAGUCCACCUAGCCCACAAGGCCUUCUCGAAGAAGGCUCGCACAAAACGGUCGUCUUCGCGAAUGAUGCCGGGCCUGGAGGGUCUGAAGGUGCUGGGGCAGAUGAGCAACUUCCAGUCCCAGGACAACCUCCAGACUCGCCGGUUCGGCAGCUUGAAUCGUCGGAUGUUCAUCUCGCGACAGGUGCCGAAGAAAUUGGUCGAGCAGAGGUGACGCAGGAAGCUACUGGCGGAGGGACAACAGAGCCCCCAGCUAUGCCGCCAGCUGCGAUCGCUGAACCCCAAGCGAAGCCAGAAGAAGCAAACGAAGAGGAAGAAGAAGGUUUGGACAUGCCUACAGAACUUCUGAGCCCAGAAGAGAAGCGCAAGGCAUAUUUGGAGGAGCUUGAGCGGGAACAGGCGAAGGCUCGCGAAGCUGCCGAUGCCGCUGCUGCCGCCAAAUCAGUCGCGCAAGCAGCUGGCCCUGCAAAGCCUGAGCCGGAAGAAGAGGAUCUUGGCGCGUCAGUAACUCUGCAGCGCAACGCAUCUCAGACUACUCCGUUGCUCCGAGAAGCCUUGCGAUUAGUGGCACCAGACAGUUGGGAUUCCGACCAAGAAGAAAAAACUGGCCGGAAACGUCCGGAUGUGUCUCGCUUGGCUUCUUGCUGGGAGAUCCUGGAGAAGGACUUCGAGACUGUCUUGGAGGCCGAGCAUCAAAGGAUUGACGAGGACCUCGACCGCGAGACACAAGUUACGCUGGCAAAGAUAGAGGCCCAGGAGAAAGAUCUGAAGGAAAGAGUUCAACUCCGAGCAAAGGUGGCAGAGACGAAGGACCCUACGAAGGUGCAGCAAUUGCUUACUGUUGCAGAGUCGGUCACACUGGCUGCAGACACAGCUCGGAACAAGAGGCAGGCUGCGAAGGCUGCCCGGCGCGAUAUUGCUCGCCAGAAGGUGGCGGCACGGAAGCAAGCCCUGCAAAAGGCACUGGGUCCCGAUCCCACGGAAGCCGCCAGCCGCGAGUUGCUACGGAUGCAGCUUCCUAGCCAAGAGGCUUUUUCGAGCAUGUCGCCACAAGAAGCUUUGGCGGAGGUCUCCGCUACUGCAGCCACCUGCUUUCGGUCCCUCCAAGUCGUGGCCUUGCGACCGCCGGACGAGACUGUCAGGUUUGAUCCGGACAAUCCGGCCAGUGCCCGGCCUUCAGAAAAGGACCUGGCGUUUGCAACUGCUGCAGCUCUGCCUGAGCUGAAAUCGUGCCUUGAAUCUUUGCGAAAACGUCUCCAAGAGGAGAAAGAUAGCCCGCCGCAAGUCGAUCCGGCUCUUCGAUCGAUCGCGACUGACGAAGACAAGAUGAGCAAAGAUGACAAGCGCGACUUCAUCAUGUUUGAAGGCCAGCAGGAGUACGACUGGGAAAGGAGCAUCAACAUCAAGAUGAAGGAGCAGAUGCGACGCCGCGAUGUUCACAUGAAGGAGAGCCUGGAAAGGGUUAGUCAGGCUCUCCAUAGACGAUGGCGCAGACAACGUGACAGGGACAAGGCUCAUGCCACGGAGCGGAUGGCUGCUCUUCGCAAGGUCAUGGACGACACAGAGGAGGAGCUGGACAAGAUGCGGAAAGAACAAGCAGAAGCCACGGAGAAAGAGGUGGAAGUUUUAGAAAGUGAAAGACGGCGUCUCCAAGAACAAACGCGAGUUUUGAUGUCUGCCGCGCUCGUGGUCCGCCAAGAAAAGGCGCGCAUAAACAAGGCGUGGUAUGCCGAGCCGCGGGAGAAGAAGGCCUUGACUUUCCAGUCCUUGAAGAUCAUUCGGAGACUUCAUGCUGAUAUGAUCAACUUCCCAGUCACGGCGGAGUUCAAGCAGAAGCACUCCGUGCUGCUGUACUCGCUCCGCAUGCUGGAAGGUCGCCUAAGAAAGGACUGUCCCUAUGCGAAAGAUACGGACAUCCAAGAGGGGCCCUUGGAAGAAACGCCCGAGCUUAAGAAGCAGAUGGAGGAGGCAGAGAAUGCCUUCGAAGAUCAGCUCAGCGCCGACAUCGAUGAAAUCCGCGAUGCGAAUCGCGAAAAGGUGCAACGGGCAAUGGCACGUGAAGCUGCACUGCGGCGCCGUGCUGCAGAGGUCGAACUCGCACCAGCUCUGGAUCAAGCCGCCACAGCACUGUCGCGCUCGGAGCGGGCCGCACGUCGGGCGGAGAUCGCCGAAGACCUCCUGCGACCUCUGGGAAUGCUGGCAUCACAGCUCGGCGGUGAGGCCUUUCGGCAUGCUCAGCUCGAGAGCGGGACGCACGAGCCCGCCAGCUUCAAUCCAAAGAGGAAGCGCUUGGAGGCCUCCCUCGCCUCGACCUUGAAAGUCCUGGAGGAAGUCCUUCCACACCUAAAUGCAGAGGAGGUACAAAAGGUUGCGGCUGCACCUUCCUCCCUGGGCAAAGAACCAGAGUGGGAGGACGCGCUGGAAGAUGCAAGAGCAAGGUGGUCAGCAUUCUGUGAACGGCACCCUGACAGUGUGCCCGAUGAGCAAGACACGCCACGCGGAGAGAAGACGGUUUCGUCGCAUGCUUCGGUUGUGGGCAGAUUAGACAUGGAUGACCUCGAGGAUGAUGAUUACGGUGGGGCAGCUGGGAAUGUGCCCGCCAAGAAGCUUCCGCCACCUCCUCCAAGAAAGAUAUCUGCAGCGCCGGCUCGGCCGCCCAGUGCCGGCAGCGGGCGGCCACCCUCGAGCCCUGUGCCACCUGUGCCAGGUGCCAAAGCAAAGGCUGCUGCUCAACCGAGUGGUACAGGGGCUCAGGGUGCCAAGAAGGGCGCGGCCUUGCUGGAAAAGUUGGACGAGCUGUCUGCAACCAUGGACCGUACUCUCGGCAAGAGCUCUGCCCUGAAGACCCCAGCUCCUGUCGGCGGCAGAAGCCUGAAGCCUCCAGGCAUUGGGAAAGGAGGAAAGAAGUGA